GCCUUUUAUUUCCAGUGUCCUUUCAUGUAGCAAGUGCUCAAUAAAUAACUGAUUGGCUAAAAUCAGGUUUAUUACCAAAUCUAGAAAAAGGUUAAGUGUCCUCUAAGGCACCACCCCAAAUCCACCCUAACAUGGGACACAGGUUUCCACUAUCUAGAAAGCCCCCGGUCACCAGAUUACGUCACAAUCAGUGAUGUCAUUGUUGGGAAAAUUCUCAAGUUGCCCUCUGAUAUACGCCUUUCAGGCCUUGAGGCCAGUGGGAUCGAGGAACUUUCUGAGAGCAAGAUGGCUCUUGAUAGCAUGUGGGCUCCUCAGGCAUCAAUCAUCGGGGAUGGGCCUGCCAAGAAAGUGGGUGAACAGGCACCCCUACAAUCACACAUCCUCCAGACUGCCUCCUUAAAAGAUGGCCCAGCGAGGCGGGCAGUGUGGGUCCGCUGUAACCAUUCAGAGCCGGAAGAACCUACUAAAUCAACAACAGGCAAGGAGAAAUCCAAGCUAGUGGUGACCAAAGCAGUGGUCGUGGACCUUGGCACUGGCUCCUGCAAAUGUGGCUUUGCCGGGCUGCCGAAGCCCACCCACAUCAUCUCAUCGACAGUGGGCAAGCCGUACAUGGAGACCGCCAAAACUGGGGACAAUCGCAAGGAGACCUUCGUGGGGCGGGACCUCAUCAAUCCAGGGGUUCGUCUCAAGCUAAUUAAUCCUCUGCGGCAUGGCAUCAUCGUGGACUGGGACACAGUGCAGGAUAUCUGGGAAUAUCUCUUCCAUCAAGAGAUGAAGAUCGCCCCGGAGGAGCAUGCGGUCUUGGUUUCCGAUCCACCCCUGAGCCCACACACCAACAGAGAAAAGUACGCUGAAAUGCUGUUUGAAACCUUCAGCACUCCUGCAAUGCACAUCGCCUACCAGUCCCGCCUGUCCAUGUACUCCUACGGAAGGACCUCUGGCCUGGUGGUGGAGGUCGGCCACGGCGUGUCCUACGUGGUCCCCAUCUACGAGGGUUAUCCUUUGCCCAGCAUCACCGGACGUCUGGACUACGCAGGCUCUGACCUGACAGCCUAUUUGAUGGGCCUGAUGAAUAAUGCGGGGAAACACUUCACCGAGGACCAGACAGGGAUUGUGGAGGACAUCAAGAAGAAAUGCUGCUUUGUGGCCCUGGACCCCAUCGAAGAGAAGAAAAUCCCAGCCACUGAGCAUACAAUUCAGUACACUCUGCCUGACGGGCAGGUGAUAAACCUGGGCCAGGAAAGGUUCCUUUGCUCAGAGAUGUUCUUUAAGCCUUCUCUGAUCAAGUCCAUGCAGCUGGGGCUCCACACCCAGACUGUGUCCUGCCUUCACAAGUGUGACAUUGCCCUCAAGCGGGAUCUCAUGGGCAGCAUCCUGCUCUGCGGGGGGAGCACGAUGCUCAGCGGCUUCCCCAACCGCCUGCAGAAGGAGCUGAGCAGCAUGUGUCCCAACGACAACCCGCAGGUCAAUGUGCUGCCCGAGAGAGACACUGCGGUGUGGACAGGCGGCUCCAUCCUGGCCUCGCUUCAGGGCUUCCAACCCCUGUGGGUCCACCGCUCUGAGUACGAGGAACACGGGCCUUUCUUCCUCUACAGAAGGUGCUUCUGAACUCCGGCCAAGCGUGGCUGCCAUGCGUCAGCUCUGCUGGGUGAGCACCCGUCCGACGCAUAGGGAGCUAAGUCCGCAUGUUCGCUUCUGUAGUAAUUAUUAAACGACCCUCGUGUUC